AUGUCAUCAUCAUCACCACCUACCAUCCCUCCAUUCCUAGCUACCAUCCUCUCAUCUCGAAUCGCCUCCAUCCCUCCUCCCGCUCCUCCCGCAUCAAGCUCUACAUCCAACCAGUCGACUAACCCCUCACCAAUCUUACAACAACCCCUAUCGCAACCGCCUAAUCCUCUAUACCUUCCUCCACCGGCUUUACCAAAAGUUGAAGAGGACUUGGUGCCCCCUGAGAACUUUGCGUUGGUUUCCAAGGGAGUGUACAGAAGUGGAUUUCCUAAGAAAAGGAAUUUUGGAUUCAUGGAGACUCUGAGGUUGAAGACUGUUUUAACCCUCGUGUUAGAAGAUUAUCCAGAAGCGAAUUUAGAAUGGUGUCAAUCCCAAGAUAUACAAUUUAUGCAAUUUGGUAUACCAGGUAAUAAGGAGCCAUUCGAUAAUAUCCCAGAAGACGUCAUCUGUUCUGCUCUUGUAGCGAUCUUGGAUCAGAGAAAUCAUCCGAUAUUGAUACAUUGCAAUAAAGGCAAGCACCGCACAGGCUGUCUAAUAGGAUGUAUCCGUCGUCUCCAAUCCUGGUCCUUGACAUCGAUAUUCGACGAAUAUCGAAGAUUCUCUUCUCCCAAAUCUCGAGCGGUAGAUCAACAGUUUAUUGAUCUUUUCGAUCUGAUACCCGUUUGGAAAGAAGUGACUGGUAGUAGUAAAGGAGGAGGGGUUGGAAAUUUACCUGAUUGGGAGAUGUUGAGUCUUCCUAGAAAGGGUGUCAUCACACCUAACCAGAACCAGAAUCAGAAUCAGAAUCAGAGUAAAGGACAAAUACCUUCUGAGGCUAUUUCGAUGUCGAUCGAUAAUGCGAUAUCCCAAAAAGGAGGCAGAAACAAUGGGCAUGAAGAUGAAGAUAAAAGGGAGAAUGGGAUUACUAGUUUACGUUUGGAUCAACUACCCCAACAACAGACACAGCGGCGAAAUCAACAAUAUAAAAUCAACACACAUGGUGAUCAGAUCAAUCAGACUUCGACUUCCACUCCCGUAUCAAUCAUUGUAGAUGGUGAAGAUCAAAGUCAUUAUGGUGAAAGUAAAAGUAUAAAUGAUAUUGUACAUUUGGAAAAUCAAAAGCCUCAUCAACAGGAUCAAGGGGAAGAAGGUGGGAUAAUAAAUAUUGAUAUCAAUGCAGAUGGGAUAGAUGAGUUGAAGAAGGUCGAUGGGAUAAUACAUCUAACUUCGAAAGUAGAGGAAGUGGCUAUAAAUUGA